UGACGUUUGGCACCUGUUUGACAUCUGAUGAUGUUUGUUUUGACGUUUGUAGACAGUUAUUUAAAAAAAAUAGAUUGUAAGCAAAUUUUAACAUUUAUAAAUGCAUUUAUAAACUAGUAUUCCGCAUAGCGUUUACUUUUGCAGUAUUUAAAGCAUCGUUCUAGCCAUACAAAUCACUUGUAAAUAAAUUUUGUGGUAUAACCUCACUAUCGUAAGCAAUGUUUUGUAUUUUUACGGCUCGUAUGAAGACAUUUUCAAUCUUUGUUUCGUUGUUAGUGCAUUAGUGGUAAAAAGUGUAGUGUUUGUUUUAAUAAUGUCCAAUAAACGUGUUUCCUACUUCUAUAAUCCGGACGUUGGAAAUUUUCAUUAUGGCACUGGCCACCCUAUGAAACCCCACAGGCUUUCUGUUAUACAUAGCCUAGUUCUUAAUUAUGGCCUCAAUAACAAAAUGCAAAUUUAUCGUCCAUACAAAGCUAGUGCUCACGACAUGUGCAGAUUUCAUUCUGAUGAGUAUAUAGAUUUUUUACAAAGAGUAACACCUCAGAAUAUUCAGGCUUUUACAAAGCACCUUAGUCAUUACAAUGUAGGUGAUGACUGUCCAGUUUUUUAUGGGCUAUUUGACUUCUGUUCCAUGUAUACAGGAGCUUCACUUGAAGGUGCAAUGAAGUUAAACAAUAAUGACUGUGAUAUUGCCAUUAACUGGUCAGGUGGACUUCAUCAUGCUAAAAAGUUUGAAGCUUCUGGUUUCUGUUACGUUAAUGAUAUUGUAAUUGGAAUUUUAGAGCUAUUAAAAUAUCAUGCCAGGGUAUUGUACAUAGACAUCGAUGUUCAUCAUGGUGAUGGAGUCCAAGAAGCAUUCUACCUCACUGAUAGAGUUAUGACAGUUAGUUUUCAUAAAUAUGGGAACUAUUUCUUUCCUGGAACUGGUGAUAUGUAUGAAAUAGGAGCAGAAAGUGGUCGUUAUUAUUCUGUAAACGUUCCUUUAAAAGAGGGUAUCGACGACGCUAGUUAUUGGCAAGUUUUUAAACCUGUAAUUUUAAACGUAAUGGAUUUUUUUCAACCAACAGCAAUUGUGUUACAAUGUGGUGCCGACUCUUUAGCUAAUGACAGAUUAGGUUGUUUUUCAUUAAGUACAAAAGGACAUGGCGAAUGCGUGAAGUUUGUACGAAACUUAAACGUGCCAACCCUCGUUGUGGGCGGAGGUGGUUACACAUUACGAAACGUUGCCAGGUGUUGGACGUAUGAAACAUCUUUGUUGGUUGAUGAAACAAUUUCAAAUGAACUUCCUUACACUGAAUAUUUGGAAUUUUUCGCUCCUGAUUUUACGCUGCAUCCCGAUGUUGUAAUAAGACGAGAAAAUGCCAACAGUCGACAGUAUUUGGAAGCAAUUACGAAAUAUGUGUAUGAUAAUUUGAAGAUGAUUCAACAUUCUCCAAGUGUUCAAAUGCAAGAUAUACCUGGUGACGCAUUUAUUGACGACAAUAAAACUAAAGAGGAAGAUCCUGAUGUUAGAAUAAGUCAGGAAUUAGAGGACAAGACGGUCGAAGCAAAAAAUGAGUUUUACGACGGAGACAAAGACCAUGAUCGAGAAGAAAUGGAAACUUAGGUCUUAAAUCUUAUUUAUUUUAAAUGUUACGGUGUAAUUUUAGAUUUCUAAUUUGUAAGUUUAUAUUUUUAUUUAUAUAAGAAAAAGAUUUGUCUACAAAAAUUA